GCCACCUACACACAUCCGCACACGGUCACGGACUCGAAAUGCUCGCGCGCGAGCGCUUUCCUUGUCCGAGCUUCGUUGACAACGCUGGAGAAAUGUCUCGCGCUGCUUCUGCUUGUAGAGCUCGUCGCGGUGCGAAGGAUUCGCGUCCAUGGAAGAAGGAGGAGUCGCCAAGACCGGGAGGCUGGGUUCGCGGAUGGGGAAAAAGGCGAGUGCGGGACUCGGCAGGGAAGGAAAUGGCGAUGCCGAUGGAGGGAAAUCGCGAUUCGAAACGGGUGUUGAAUCGGGUGCCAAUGCCGCUGCGGUCAAGAAAAACAGUGGGAGGCCGAAGAAGUUAGCAGUGAGGCGCGGCAGAGGGAGGCCCCGAGGUUCCUCCAGCGGAUCUCCGCAUUUCGUUUCCAUUGUCUGUGAAGGGGGACGUCCAACGGGGGGACUUGGAGGAAGCGUAGGCGUUGCGACGGUGACCCUUCAUCGAGGGGAGGAAAUUCUUGCCAAGUUAUCAUCUUUGAUUGAACCUGACUCUCAUUCGCUCUCCAUACUAUCGGCAACUGGUGCUGUCUCCAGUGUCGUCCUACGCCAACCUGGGCCUUCUGGUGGUAUUUUGAGUUAUGAGGGGUAUUUUGAAAUUGUGGCCCUGAAUGGCUCAUUUGCAAUUCGGGAAGGUAGAAUUUGUACGCACCCUGAACUUAGCUUGGUGAAUGUCACGCUUGCUAUGCCUGAUGGGCGGCUUUUUGGCGGUGGAGUUGCUGGUCCAUUGAUAGCCGCUGGCCUGACUCAACUUGUAGUGGCCAACUUUAAGCAUAAUCCAAAUCUUGAAGUGAGACAGCCUGAGCAAAUUGCAACAAUGCCAGAAGUUGCCGGCAAUUCUGGCACUCCUAACUCUGUGCUACUGGAGCCAACUGACAAGGAAGCAAAGACUACUAUCACUUCUGGAAACAAUAACUUGAACCCUGCUUCUUCACGCAUUGAUGUGCAUAAUCCCUGGAACCGGUGGAGCCAAUGUUAGACCGGAACAUGUCUCCAGACACCAAAGCUAAUGUCCCUGAACUGUGAAAAUGUUUUUCUCUCAGUGUGCGCGCGCAUGCAAUGUGCUGAAGAUAGCAAGUACAAGGUAAAUAGAUUGUUACUGUUGUGAUUAUUAUGUGCUAGGUCUUAUAGGAGCCUAGUGGGACUAUAAGGAAGUUUGGUUCAUUUGCCGUAAUGGCAAGUUGAGACUGGUGGUGCAUUCAUUCCCACAUGGUGGAUCACCACAAAUUGUUGUUGUCAUUUAAAGUUUCUGCCAUUCUUGUUAUGUAGUAGAUACUUUCCUUAUUGUCUUUAAACCUUUGCCGUUCUUGUUA